AUGUCGGCUUUCCAGGAGUGGGGCAGGCAAUCUGUCGCGGCUCGUCUUGCCUCACAAUAUAUCGGCGAACUCUGCCGUUAUCUACUAGCCCAGCCAGUUGUUCCCGAAGAGGCUACACAUCAAAUGCGUCUCUCUAUGGGAACGGUCUUCGUGCGGAAAUAUGGCAACAAUUUGUGGACCGAUUCCGAGUGA